CUGGUUCCUCGCUGCUGAGGCGGGCGGGGCCGGCGCCGGGCGGAGCGGGAGGCCGAGGCCGCGGGGCCGCCGGGGGAAGGGAGAGAUGCUAUGAAGUGCUGUUAAUCCUCUGACACCGUGCCCUGGAUCCUCAUGGUAUGUCUGAAGGACACAUCUCUGCAUGUUCUGGAUAUGCCAGGUGAAGCCCAAGAAUAACUUUCCACGGGAGUUUGUGACCUCUUAAAGAGGAAGAAGUCAAGAGAGGGCAACUUUUAGUCUAUAUUUAGCCCUAGGUUGUCCUCAUGAAUACUUCCGUGGAGAAUGUCCAUGAUCUUCUUUGCCUGUGUGGUGCGGGUGAGGGAUGGGCUUCCCCUCUCAGCCUCCACAGAUUUCCAUCUCAACCAGGACUUUCUGGAGUGCAGGAAGAGAUUGAAGGCGUUAUCCUCCAUCCUGGCGCGGUAUCCCAGCCGGGGCACAGCGAAAGGACGUAACCUGAGCAUUCAUUUCCUUUCUUCUGGGGAUAUUGCCUGCAUGGCAAUCUGUUCCAGCAGCUACUCAACCAUCAUGGCCUUCUGCUUCCUGGAAGAGCUUCGGUGGGAAUUUGCUGCUUCCUACAACACGAGGAGCAUCAAUUCAGCUUCCAGACCAUAUGCAUUUAUUGAAUUUGAUAACAUCAUUCAGAAGGUGAAACACCAUUUCAACAGCACCCGUGGCUCCCGGGCCAGGAGCAGCUGGGAGAGGGUGGAGGAGGAGCUGAAGCUGCAGCCCCCAGUGCAGCUGCAGCUGGAGGCCACGGAGCUGCUGAACGGGCUGAGCAACGGAGGGCACGCAGGAGGCCAUGUGGAGGUUGUCCCUACUUACAGAAUGCAGCCUGUGACCCCCCUGGGGAUUCUGUCACUUGUUCUGAACAUCAUGUGUGGAGCUCUGAACCUGAUCCGAGGAGUUCACCUGGCAGAAUAUUCCUUUCAGGAGGACCACGAAGGCAUUGGAAAUGUGAUAGCUUUUUUUCUACCUUUUCUAGCCUGUGUUUUUCAGUGUUACCUGUACCUCUUCUACAGCUCAGCCAGGAAGGUGAAGACAUUUGUGCUCCUUUUCUGUGUCUGUUCAUGCAACAUCUACUUGUAUGGAUUACGGAACCUCUGGCAAAUCUCCUUCCACAUAGGAGUGGCUUCUCUUUCCUCCUACCAGAUCCUGACAAGGCAGCUCCUGGAGAAGCAGCCUGACUGUGGUGUAUGAAAAAAACUUGGGGUUUGCUACUCUGUUUUUAAAACUUUUUUUUUUUUUUUUUUUUUUUUUUUUUUUUUAAUUCACCUGGCCAAAAAUAGCUCAGAGUGUUUUUUAACCAUCCAUGGCAAUGGUUAUUGCAAAGAGAACAGUUCCAAGCAACUUGGGAUGAGCAGGAGACUGUAAUUAUGUCCAACACACAGCAAAAGGUGCAGCUGUGUUUCACAUGGGGCAUGGUAGAGCUUGUCAGGUGUCACCAACAGGUGGAAGUUCUUACCAUCAGCAGGCUUUUCCUCCUUGGCUGCCCCCAUCCAGACAGCAUUUUGCCAUUUGUCUCGCUGGCUCUGUGACACUUUGGCUGGUCAGUCUUGUCCUGCUGCUGCAAAUACUCAGAUUGUGCUGUAAAACAAAGGUAAAGCGAGGGGUGACAUUUUUGCCGUUAGAAUUUGUUAAGAUUCUUGGUAAAUGUGAGUAAAGAGGUUGUUUGCUCUAAUUAGGUGAGUGUAGUAUCAGUGGGAAAAAUGCUGAGGGUGGGCUUCAGGGUCAUUUUUGUAGGUUUGGAAGGACAGGAAAAGGCUGUGGCUCUUCUAUAAACCAUAAAGUGUAUAAAUAUCUCCUUGGCUGAACAGCACAUUGCAGUUAAGUGUGUGCUCAUGGGUUAAUUGCAAAUAUGCUUGGGGCAGCAGAAAAUAAUCCAGGUGGGUGUAAGUGAUCUGUCAGCUCUUGUGGCCUUUGUUUCCUUGGCUAAGGUCACUUUUAGGAUAAGGGCAAUUCCAUGUUUGCUUGGCCUCUAUGGAUAAUAAAUCUUCCAGGCCUAUUUAUGACAGGCCACUGAUUCCUUCACCUUUUUUUUAAAAAAAUGAGUAGCUGGUGAGUAGAAAGCCAUUUCCAGGAAUGGGAAGCACGAGCAGGUUCUCUUUGUUCUGCAAAACACCUGUGGUUCAUGGUGGUGAGUUCUUACACUGAGCUGAGUUUCUGAGUGUGCACUUUGGAGCAGGGGACUGCAGGGCUGGAAUUCCCAACCUCUGCUGCACUGGGAGUUCUGCUCUGUCAUGGAUCGAGGUGCACAGGGGCAUUUUAGGGCAUAGAUGAAUAAUUUAGGCUGGCUGUUAAAAGAAAUGCUUAGCAGUUUGAUGCAGCUGUCCUUGAGGGCUUGCAAAGAUUCAAACUGAGAUGUAGAGAACUGUAGGUGUGUUAUUGUGGAAUUACGGUCCUAAAAUUUCCUUUCAUUUUUUUUCUUUCUGGUCAUCCCCAUUUCUAUCACCAAAGAUUUGUUUUUCCUCUCACAUAGUCUCUACCUCUGGUUGCAAAGGGAUUAACGUGCAGCAGAGUUGUCUUUUUUGCAGGAACACUUCACAAAAUUCCUUUUAUCUCAGUGAGUUUUCCUGGAACCUCAGGAUGCAAUCAGGCCUGAAAUGUGUGGUGCUGUACCUUGGCAGCACUUCUGGAUGCAGCUGACUGCAGCAGCAGCAUCCAUGGGCAGCCUAUUACAACCUGGACAGUUCCUAGGACAUCAGGAGACUUAGUGCCAGAGCUUUUCUCAGGAGGAAAACGUAGGGAUUUCUUUUUCCCUUUACUUACUGUAACAGCAACAUGAUAAAAACCUCCAAACUGAGGAAUAGUCUGGUAGGAAUGAUGGAGGAAUAUUUUAGCCAGGCAUUUAAGGACACAGCUCGAGCUGUGUGCCAUAAGGGAAAGGUUUUCUGUUAUAAGGGAGUGGAUUAAAGUUGUUUGUCUGUCAUUAUCCCAGUUUUCUGUCAGAGUGCAAGUGCAGAAAUGAAGCCACAAUUCAACCGCUGUCCCUGAGACACCAAGAUGACCCCACAGAUGAGAGGAGUUUUGUACUACUCUUUAAUUUUCCUACUGUUCAGUCCCAGUUUUCCUUGGUAAAUUACUUCUGGAGACUGCAGGGAACUCAGCCACAACUUUGGAUUACAAGUUAAAAAAAAAAAUCUGAAAAAAGAACACCCCAAAAAUCUGACACUAGAAAUGCAACACUUUAAGGAUAAUGGAUCUGAUGGCUGGUGGUGUUUUCCAGGAGCAUAAAUUGGGUAUCAACCCACUGGAUUCCUGUGGGGAAAGGUUAAAGUAUUUUAUACUACAGAUAGACCAAACUUCAUGAGAAGGACUUGAGGACAGAAGCCAACUCCCUGCUCCUGCCUUUUUAUCCUCCCUCUGGCUAAAGAGUCCAGGAGAGCUUUUCCUGUUUCUCCAAAGCCUGCCCUGCUCUGGUCUGAGGCACACAGAGCAUUUACAGCUGGGCAUUCCUCAGCCUUGUAGGGAGCUGAUUGGAAAAAUUGUGACAUUCCUGAUGCUUCCUGAGCAUCCAACUGCUCUGUCCUGAAACAGAUCCAUCCCUGAGCCAGGGGAUGGCAGCCACAGCUCUGCAAACAAGGGGUAGAACAGGGUGUUUGUGUAAUUGUGCAAUUAGCAGGGAGAGGAGAAAAGUUAAAUUCAGCUUUUCUUGAAUUGCUUUUCCUAAAAAUGUUCCACUAAAAUCAAACCAAAUCAGCUGGUUCAGUUCUGCCUUCACCUAAACUUCUAUUUUUUUUGCUUUGUGGAUUUUUAGGAGAUGUGACUGAAUCUUCAGAUAUUUUUCUACCCAAUGACAAAAAUGACAAAGCUGUUUUGGUGUUAAUCUUAAUCCCUUUGCAACUUUUUUAUUUUCCUGUAAUAUGUGUAAAUCAUAUUAAGGAAUCUACAUGGAUUAGUCUGUGUGCACUUUGUAGGUUUGGGUUGGGAUUCCAGGAUGAGGCAGAGCACACGGAGUUUGACCUAUUUUUAUUUUUAAUUUGCUAUUUAUUCCAUAUCCACACGGUAUUUAUACAGUUAAACAUUUUCUCCUGGCAGAACAGCAAGAGGAAUAGAAUAGUUUACAUUGAUCUCAAUGCUUUAAGAUUUAAUAAAAAAGAAUGACUUGCAGUUUGAGAACACAAAAUCUGACUCAUAACCUGGGAUUUUUCCUGUAUUGAAUCAAAUCCCCAAAGAGGAAUCCAUCCCUUUUUGUUCAACUUUAAACUGGUUAAUGUGGUUUGAAUUGCAUCUUCUUCAUUCUGUCACUUUGCAAGAUAAGUCUUUUGGAAACUCUUUUCCUCACCCAGCAGCUCAGCACAAGCAAAUUGGCAAAGAAUAAACUUUAAUAAUUUCCAGAUUUGCAGUGCUUAGUCACUUUAUGAAGCUGGUAAUUCUCUGGAUUUUUUGGCUUUUUUUCCCCUUUCUCCCAAAGACCUGUUGAGUUUGUAGAAGGUGGGCUGGUACCUUUUUAGACAUUUUUGCACUGUAUUAAUAAUUGAACCUGUGUAAAUGUGUAUAAAAUCAUUUUGCAUGUAUAUAUGUACAUAUAUCUAAUAAAUGGCUUUUUUUU